CGACGACGACGACGACGACGACAAGAAGGAUAGCAACGACGAUAGUGACAGUGCUUGUUCGUUCUUUAUUUACGUGUUCCCGCAGUGUGGGGUCACCGCGACCUUGUCGUCUUUUCCGAGGCAUUACCACUGGUAUCCGCAUGAACGUUUUAGUGUACACUGGGCCAGGCACUGCCCGCGGCCCCGUCGACAAUACCCUGCUCACUCUCAAAUCCCUCCUCUCCGCCAACUACGAUGUCAUCCCCGUUGAUGCAGACACCCUCCUCAAGGAACCAUGGCAAGACACAGCGGCGUGUUUGGUCAUUCCUGGCGGGAGGGAUCUCCCAUAUGUCGAGCAUUUAGAGCCACAAGGAACGAGCGUCGUGAACGAUUAUGUGAGAGGCGGGGGAAGGUUUUUGGGGAUUUGUGCUGGAGCUUAUUUUGCCUGUCGUAGAGUUGAGUUUGAAGUCGGGAGGGAAGGCUACGAGGUUGUUGGGAAGAGAGACUUGGGAUUUUGGCCGGGGACGGGAAAAGGGAGCAUUGCUAACGGGUUUGUGUAUGGGAGUGAACAGGGGGCAAAGGCUGUGGAUGUGAGGGUUGAUACAAAGGUGCUGCCCGGGUGGGCAGGUCCAGAAGAUCUUCAUCUCUAUGUCAAUGGUGGACCGUGGUUUGCACUGGACUCGGAUGUCAAGGCAGAUGAUCAACCCAACAUCUUGGCAUGGUACACUAACUCUUUGGAAAGCAUGACGCCCAAACCCGCCAUUGUUGAAUGCGCCAUCGAAAAAGGCCGCGCAAUCUUGUCCGGACCUCACAUCGAGUACCGUAUCGAUACCUCAAAGCACAGCGACCCGGACGUUCAACGUAUCCUGGAACCCUUGUCUGCAUCGGAAUCGCUGCGUGUUCAGCUUGUCCGCAAGCUUCUGGAGAAACUGGGCCUUAAAUUGAAUGAGGAACAGCAUGUCGGGCUUGUGGUUGAGGAUAUCCUGCGACCCAAGUUAAGUUUGAUGCACUUGUGUUCGGAUGAGGGCGGGCAGCGCUCGAUUCAUAAAUUAUUGGACGGACUCUGUGAAGGGAAGGUGGGUGACGCUGUGGAGGUUGAGGAUAGCGUCAAUGUUCUCCGAUUCCAGCGGUCGAAUGUGGGUGACGAAGCAGUUGUGGACGAUCUAGCUAGCAUGACCCUUGCCGACCACGACGACGCCACACCCGACGUCAAACCAACGGUGAACAUCAUCAUACACUCGCCCCCGUCUCUUCCCAGUCCACAACAAGUCCCGACAUUUGAUUUGGCAUAUUACUUUUCCGUGCUGGCACGGGCGCGAGAGGACAAGCAUGAACGUGCAGCAAGUGGGGGAUUUGGCUCGAGCAUUCUGUACGGGGAAGUCGUUGGGUCCACACAGACGCUUUUGGAAAGAAACCUCAAGCUUGCAUCCAAGCUUCCCAACGGAUUUGUGUGUGUCGCCACGCAUCAAAUAGCUGGCCGAGGACGAGGGCGGAACUCGUGGAUAUCCCAAACAGGAUGCCUCAUGUUCUCAUUUGCUCUUGAACACUCUGAUGCACGUUCCGUGAUAUUCGUCCAGUACCUAGUUGGGCUGGCGAUUGUCGAGGCAGUUCGAUCGCGACCCGGGUGUGAGGACCUUCCAGUCCAUCUUAAAUGGCCAAACGAUAUUUACGCGCGCACUGGGGAGGGACCCGAAGGGCUCAAAAAGAUUGGAGGCAUCCUCGUGUCGUCGCACUUUAGUGGAGGUGCGUUCCGAAUGGUCAUUGGAUGCGGUUUGAACGUUACGAAUCCCCAUCCGACCGUCUCCCUCGAUGAUGUGAUUCGCGCACAUGCGCGUCGAUUGUCGAAAACGAUUGCUCCCAUUCGCCGCGAAGAAGUGUUGGGGCGAUUCAUGGUCUGUUUUGAGGACAUGUACAAGGAGUUUGUUGAUGCAGGACGAAUCGAGUCGAGAUUUGCGUACGCUUUUGAACCAUUUCUGGAACGGUAUUAUUCUGCCUGGCUGCACAGCAACCAGCUCGUUACACUCGGAUCGCUUGGACACGCUCUUGGGCGGAUUACAGGUAUUGAUAAGAGUGGAUUGUUGAGAGCUGUUGUGAUGGAGGGUGAGGAUGGAGUGACUGUGGGGCAAGAGUGCUUGCUACAACCGGAUGGCAAUAGUUUUGACAUGAUGCGCGGGUUAAUUACCCGCAAGCUUUGACGAGUCGCUUGAAGGAAGAAAACACUUAUGUAGAAAUGAUGCAUCGAACGUAUAUAUAUUCUCUGUCACAUCCACUUUGACGAGUUGGCUAAAGAAAGAAAAACACUUGAUAUGUAGAAAAAUAAUGUAUCGAAAACGUUUUAUAUAUAUAUUCUCUGUUUGCAUUUUUGAAUUGUAUUUCUGUAGAAUAUAUACACACACACAAAACC